GUCAGGACUGCUGUGCGUCUCCUCUACCAACAGCUGGCUGCAGCCUCACAUCACAACACAACACAACACAACACAACACGAGCCCGAGAUCUGAAGAAUCCACAUCCUGCGUGGACAAGAGGGGGGAGAGGAGGAAGAAAAGAGACACAGUGUAGGGAUCCAAAGAGAAGGGUUGCAAUGUUGGACAUUUUCUCCACGUUCUUUUGAGAGCCAAAGGGCGGGCAUUUGAGAUUUGAGUCAUCUUUUAUAGCUGAACGACAGAGGAGACUUGAGCGAGAAGAUAAGUUGGAAUAGAGGAGUUGACAGUGGAAGGCUUCAGGAUGAUCUUGGGAAGUGUAAACCGACCAGGGCCGGUUCCUGCCUUCCUCAGGAGCCCUACUGUCAUUCCACCCCCACUGGACAUGAAGCCCUUCCUCCAGUUCCCCCUGGAGACACCUCACCCAGCCAGCAUUGGCCUCUUCCACAACUUCAAUACAAUGGACCCUAUCCAGAAGGCAGUGAUGACCCACACCUUUGGCCCACCAAUGGUGAAAACUAAGCGACCGAUAAUCUCCUGCAAUGUGUGUCAAAUACGCUUCAAUUCAGAGAGCCAGGCAGAGGCCCACUAUAAGGGGAACCGCCAUGCUCGGAGGGUGAAGGGCAUCGAAACAUCCAAGACAGCUCGUCCUCAAGAUGGUGACAAGCAACACCCUCCCCCCACUGGCUCACCCUCACCACCAGGCCCCUCGCCAUCCAGCCCUGAGCCUGACCCUAGCAAACAGGAUGACACCCAAUCCUGUCCCAGCUCUAAUGAGUCACCUUUGACCCCCAGCCCCCUCCCAACACCCACACUGACCUCAGCAGACGCAGAGUGUCCUCUCCUGCCCUCCCUCAGCACGCCUUUGGCAUCCUCUCCUUCCCCUUCCCCUGCCCUCAGCAUCCCCCCUGGGGAUCCAACAGUGGCUGGCCCUGCUGACACCCCGUCCCCGGCCCCCAGCCCUUCUUCAGGAGAGUCUGAGGAGGAGAAAGCCAAGAAACUUCUCUAUUGCUCCUUGUGCAAAGUAGCUGUUAAUUCCCUUUCUCAGCUGGAGGCACAUAACAAAGGUACCAAACACAAAACAAUUCUAGAGGCGCGGAGUGGAUUGGGACCUAUCAAAGCUUACCCACGUCUGGGUCCUAAACCCAGCCCAGAGCAGGGAGGGGCGCUGUCCUCUGACCUUAAUACUCAGGAACGCACCUUCCACUGUGAGAUUUGCAAUGUUAGGGUCAACUCAGAGCUGCAGCUUAAACAGCAUAUAUCUAGUCGGAGGCAUCGGGAUGGAGUUGCAGGGAAACCCAAUCCUCUUCUCAGUCGGCACAAGAAACGCACAGACUUUAUGUCUUCCCUGACUUUCUCAAAGGAAGUUCCAAAAACUCUGGGCGCUGGACUCUUACCAAAUCCUUUGGCUGUUGCUGCAGCAAUGGCAGCUGCCGCCUCAUCAAAUCAACUGGCACUACGUGCUCCUGGCCCGACCUCCCACCCUCACCCCCAUCACCAUCUCCUACAGGGCACGCCCCUCAGCCUGUUACGGCCCGCCCCUGGGCCAAUUCGCACCACACACGGGCCAAUCCUCUUCACUCCAUACUGAUGGUGAUAGAAUGAGGACAAUCAGGAAGAAGCACACUGUGAAGCAGUGGUCUGUAACCAUGUGCAUCUGUAGUUGCUGUUUUGUUAUAAUGAAAACCCACAUACACGACUCUCUGCUGCACACGGCUGCAGACCACUGCUGUGAUGUAAACAGGGAGAACCAGUGAUAAUCAAUAAAUUUCAGACAUUUUACAGAUGUGAGACUGUAUGCCCUUCCACAUUUCCCAGUUUCACUUUCAUCACUUAGCUAUCUGCCAGCUAUUGGAUGGACUCUCUGCAGUUGGUCUGAAAAGGAAUUAAAGGUACACCACAGCCAUUGUUGUCUUCCUGUCAAGCAUGGACUUUGUCAAAAAUCCUCCAAUCUGCAACUGACUAAAUAUCUUCAUCUAAUAUGUACUCCAUUUAACUCAUUCAAAGCCCUACCUCUUUCAUCUUUUUUCCUGUGUCCAGCUCAUCUCUGCAAUGGUUCACUACAUACCCAAAGCAUCAAUCAAAAACAUGCCAACUGGGUUAGACAUAGUAGCUGCCUCUGAUGUUGACUGGUAUCAUACUAUAGCUGUCACAGUAUAGUGGAUCUUACAACUACUUAGCUCUGUUUUGUGGCCUGAAUACCAUAAGGCACUGAUAAUUUCAGUAUCUAAACUGUUGUUUGAGUUUCUAGACUUGCUACUGUAUCCUCCCUGCAGCUCCGGGCACAGGUUUAUUGAUACUGUACUGUAAGUCUCAAGGAUCAGAGUAUGACUAUCUAAUCAAGAAAUGAUGGGUGAAGGAUGCUGGUCUAUAUUAAUCUCUGUGCAAGAGGAAGAGAAAGUUGGUGGAGAAAAGCAAGAGGUCAAAAAAUACCCUGUGGCUUUAAGCAGACAUUUACAGAUGCAUGUAUGCACAAAAACAAACCCAUUCAUCAUAUGAUUAAUACACAAUUGGGAUUGCAAGGGGGAUUUAAUUGCUGCUGGGGCUCCAUGCAGCUAUCAGCAUUUAGGGCCACGAUCUUAGGGUGGAAGAGAGAGAAGAUGUGAAGAAACAAAUGAGAUGGACAAACUGAGCUGAGUAUAUUUCUCUGUUGACAACCAAGAUGUAACUGCCACUAGUCGAAUCAUUCUCCUAAGCAUUCCUCAAAUUUCUCCUCUAAUUGUCACUGACAACAAACAUUGCCAGUAUACUAAAGAUAAACGUCUGACAAAGCACAUGAGCAAUGAUAAUGCUUCCAUGGUGAUUAUUCUACACGUAAAUGACUUUCAAGACAUUAAAAUGUUGAGUCACCUCUUUUUUUCAGCCGCACAUUAACUGCACAGUCCAACAAAAGGCCUUAGUGUCUUAAUGGGAACGUUUCAACACUGUGAGCACACAGGGGCGAUGACAGCGCUGCAGGUAUUUGCAGUGACAUUAACAUACAUUUUGAUUAAACAUAUUUUUGUUUUGACAGCAGUGAGCCCAUAUAGCAGGAGUGUGGUAAACACUGGGAUGAAAGACACCAGCAUAUGUUACAGAGGGAAGAAUAAGGACCACGCACACAAAUGUGUUUCACUUUCAUGAUUACAUCACAAGCAGUGAUGAAUAGAUGUAUGCAAAAAAAAAUAAAAUAAAAUAAAACAAGACAACAUUUUUUUUUAAUAGUAUUAUAGGCGUGUAGCGGGACAAAUGAUGACUUUCCGAACAGGGAAAUGACCUGACUUUGUUGUGUUUAUCUGCUCAGCCUCGUGUACUCCAGCCCUUCCUGACUCUUGAACUAAUCCAGUGAACACUGUUGUGACGGGUGUGGUGGCCUGAUGUCAUUUAACUCUUAUAGUUCGUGAAAUAUUAGGGGGGGGUUAUAGGAAAUGGGAACUGUAGCAAUACUUACAGCACUUCCUGCUAACUUCUCAAACUGCAAUAAAAAAAGGGGAAAUACUAAAGAAUUAAUAGUUAUUUAGGGAAAAGUGUACUGAAUUAUUAUUGUAUAUGUAGAUUAUUAUUUAAAAAAAGUGAGAGAAAAGACAUAACUGU